AAUUAAAUUUCCUUUCCUGUGCUGAACAGUCAACAGAUCGUCCAAAAAUCCUCUCAUUCGAUAAUCGUUCGCAACUUUUUACCACAAACAGUGCUUUACAUUCGUUUUAUGCCUUUGUGCUUCCCCUACAGGGAUUACUUAAUUGUUUCCUUCCAGUUCCAGUUGAAUCUUAUGUUGUUCCUACAUGGAUAUGCCUCAAGUUGUUCCAUCGGUCGCCGCGCCGCGACCCAUUGCCGCGGGGGAGAUUGUGGCGCAGAGCGAAGCCUGGGUUUGGUCUUUCCACUGGGACAAGCACCAGAUGCUCUGCGCGCACUGUUUCAAAUUUUCCGACCAUUUGUUGGCGACGUGUUCCAAAUGUAAACUUUACUACUACUGCGGCGCGAAAUGCCUGAAAGAUAGCUGGAAGAAGGAGCACAAUCUGGAAUGUGACAUGCUGAAGCGACUCCGAGAACGAUUCAGCGGCGCACGGAUCAGUGACCUAAAGAACGUGUGUCCCGCUAGUGGGCAGGAUCUUGGCAUCUGGACGAAUGAAAUUAUUCUGCUGAAAAUACUGAAUAAAAUCCAGCGGAAAGCGGACGAUCAUCUGCCUGGCGCAGGAACCAAGAAAACCACCAUAGAGAUUCUGGACGCCCUUCCAUACAAGUCCGAAUUCGGCAAAACGAAGAAAUCUGAUCUGGGGUUGUACAAAACCCUUCACGCCCUCAUGGCCGAAUGUCUGGGAGUGCCGGUGGAGAGCAUGCUCGUAUCUGUGAAAGAGAUGCGGGAUUACCAUCAGAAAGUGUUUUACAGUUCUGCCGCCAUGAACAGUUUCGAAGCUGCGUACCCUUUUCCGUUCGGCGCCGGCAUCUUCCCCACCGUCAACCAUCGCCAGCUGACGCCGGUUUGCUCCGACAGCAAUGUGACGCUGACCUUCCACGGACGGUUCAUCAAGAUAAUGGCCAUCGACGACAUUCCCGAGUACAGAGGAUUACAGGAUUGUCGUUCGUAUGGUCACAUUCGUCGACCACUUGGACGUACAGCGAAACAGCGACAAGAUUUGUUCCGCAAACAUUUUAACAAAUCAUGCGAAUGCCGGAAGUGCAGCAGUGAAUACGAUGCGGACAUCAAUCCACUGAAGUGCUCGACCACUGGCUGCGCGGAGCGUAUUCCCAGUGAUGAGCGCGCGCUGAAUCCCUGCUCACAGUGCGGUGCGAUCAACGGCCAGCAGUUGCAGGCAUUCCGGCGUUUGUCACGAAAGCAGGAAAAGGUGUUCACUGAGCAUUUAGCAGCAAAAAAUGACAAUUUCCAUGAAGCGUUACCGUUACGGAUCCGCCUGUUGAAAGAACUGGAUGAUUCGGGUUUGGUACAUCCGGAAGCGCAUCUUCGCUACGUGUACGGAUGGGAUGCUGCUGAUCAAUACACUCAACAGAAACGAUUCCCGGAGGCCUGGGAACUGUAUGCUGCAUUGGUCCCAUGCGUGCGAACCGUUUUUCCCGAAUACCACCUUCAACGUGCGCAGCAUCUGCAAAAUGCGGGCAUCCACUGUCAUGCGUGGUUCACCAUCGAAUCAAUGCUUGUUUCUCCGAAUGAUCGUGCGCGCUUCUUAUCUCAUUUCGAAGAUGUUCUCCCCACAGCCCUGGACUUUCUGCAGGAAUCCUCGCGUAUCUAUGCCAAAGUGUACGGUUCGGACAGCACGAUGGUGAAAACCGUGCGCGAGCAGCUGAACAACAUCGAAGACGACAUUCGACUACUGAAAAGUGAGGUGGCAGUGCGCGAGGAAGAUCCCGAACGGUUCGCUGCUGUAUCGGAAAACAUCUAUGGUAAUAUCACUGUCCCGGAGCUGCCAGCCCAUCUGACUAACGUGCCGCAGUUUGAGGAACGAUCAUUGAGCGUUGCCGACAGUGACAUCGUGGUGAGUAUCUUUCAGCGACUGCUGCCCAACUCUCCGGUGGACUGGAAGGAAAUGGCGGGUUUCGUGUGGGGAGAGGAUGGUGUGACGACGGCACGAUACUAUGGCAGUGCGGACGGUUAUUACAAGCACCAUAUCACAGUGGAGAGCCGGGGAAGUUACUGGAGUGAGGAGCCGGAUGACUUUGAAGCGAAGCCGUUCUCGUUGGCAACCAUGAUUAAUUUGACGGAGCACCAUGAGAAAGCCUGCGUUCAGAGCUUGAUGGCCAUGUUGGAGGAGAAGUACGGAUGGGGAACGGAGGUGAUGGAAAGCCGGGCGAAAUUUGCGGAUUUGUUCGAGGGAAAAUUGGGGAAGAUUGGCUGGAUGAUCUGCGAGCUGGUCAAUACACCGCCGGUCUUGUCGUCGGCUUUGUUCGAAGAUGUAAAAGACAACAUUGACAAAGCCGUUUCGGAAUCGAAGCCUUUCGCUGUUGAUCGGCAUUUGGUGAUUGCCAAAGCCCAUUUACCAGUCGGACGCUCAAUGCGCGAUGCGGUAUUCGCCAAUGACCUGGAGGAAUUGUGGUAUAAGAAUGCCCAAGCUAGUUAUGUUUUCCCUGUGGGUGGCGACAGGAACUACAUUUCCCAGAGGAUGCGCGGGAAGAAACUGGUACCCAUUCGCGUGGUCAUGUUGCUGGAUGCGAAGAGGCUGUACAAGAUGAUCAAGGAUUUAACUCAUGGAUGAGGCUUGUAGAAUCUGCUUUCCCUCGCAGUCGAAAUUUGUUUUAGCAGUAAAUAUGAGAACCUGUUGCUCACACGAUAUAGAAUCAGAAAGCGAAAUUGCCCAGUGUUCCUAUCUCGCCGUUGGUGACUUCGUGCUAAAUGCAUGUUAUGUUUUUAUAACUGGAUUAACUUUCUGAUGUCUUUCUUUAAUUUUAAUUGUUUUGUUAUAUUGUGUUCGUGUAUUUGUUUAACUGUGCACGUUAAGUUUAUUGUUGUUAUUCUACGGAUACUGUUCUGCGGUGAUAUAAAAAGAAAAGGAGG